AUGUAUAUACCAGGUUCAAAUGUAGCAAUUGAUAAAAUGAUGAUACGAUUUUCAGGGCGUAGUAAACAUACAUUUAGAAUAAAAAAUAAACCUAUAUCUGAAGGUUACAAGAUUAUAUCAUUAUGUGAAAAAGGCUAUACUUACAUAUUCGUACUGGAAUCACGUGUUGAAAAUAAUAAUGAAAUUCCAAGUAUUUCUGGUCUUAACAAAACAGGAUCUCUAGUUUCACAUCUUGUUAUACAAUUAUCUAAUAGUCGGGCAUAUAAUAUUUAUAUGGACAAUUAUUUUGCAAGUGUGCCUCUUUUUAAUUAUUUACGAAUAAAAGGUUAUAGUGCUUGUGGCACAGUACGAACAAAUUCUGCAAUGUUUCCUAAAGAAUUAAAAGUUGAAAAAUCUAUACGUUUGAAUUGGGAUACUUUAGCUGGAGUAGUAGUAAAUAAUGUUUUGGUAAUUUUUUGGAUGGAUAAUGGUCCUGUCCAUAUGCUCUCAACAAUUCAUGGUAUUAAAGGUAAUGA